GAGCGAUGACUUUCUAAUGUCUAAAAUUAGCAUGACUUUUUAUUUAUUUAUUUAGCACUUUCUUUACUUUACAAAUAAAUAAUCUAAUGGUGACUAGUAGUUAUGUUUCGUUUCAAAAGUAACCAUUUCUGAGACACUAUUUCUGUUCUCACUAAUUAUAAUAGUAUUUUUACUUGUCAUGCAUAAUGACUAGACAGAUUAGCUACUGUAUAAUUAAAUUCAAAAUCUUACUAGGAAAUCUUAAAAAGAAAACUGUAAUAGUAGCCUAAUGAAUAGGUAGCAACUAGUAAAACUGCUAGAUAGGCUACUAAAGAGAAAACAUACUAAUCACUAGGCUAUUUGAUUAUUUAGUAGUAGUUAAAAUAAGUACUAGUAGGCUAUCAUAAGAUGAAAUAUUAGCUUUUUGGAAGGAUGCAAUGUUAAGUGGCUUACCAUAAUGGUUAUUACUGUCAUUUGUAGUAAUUUGAAUAUAAGGACUAGGUAUGAGUAACAUAACAGGUUUUGCUCUUUGAGGAAGUGGUUUUAGAGAAAUAGCAACACAUUGCUGUUGAAGCGUAAAACCCCUCAUCCGAUACUCUGACAGCAAACUGAUGAAAAUAGACCAGAUAAGCUUACUGACCAAACAUCACGGGCCGUUUCUGUUUAGGAAGCUUACAUCACAGAUAAGUAUUUCUGCGUCGAUAACUUUGUAUCCUCCUUUGAUGUGACACAAGUUUGUCUGUGACAUUAUGAGGCUAUCGCAUUGUGGUGUUAUCGCACGAUAUGGCUUUGUGUUUGAGACAGUCCAUCCAGGAUAUGACAAAUCCAUGGUUGGCACGUCAGAAGAAAAAACCCAGGUUUAAGGUCUUCUGAUGAUGAAGUAAUUCAUUGGCUUUUUAUCCCAUCCCGUCUGCACAAAUAGCAGGCUACCAGAAACAAUGCAGAAGUUGCUAUCGCACCAGUGAUAAUAUCAGUCCGACUUGUCACAAUCUUUCUGCACUGUGGCUCAGAAGGGGAAGUAAAAUAACAGAAGCCUGUUGAGUGCCCUGGCACAGGAAACGUCUGAUCUCGAAAGCGAAGCGUUGCUGGAUGUUACAGACAGAGAUAUGAGUGUCGAGCGCGGUGAGGAGGCUGUGAGAAAGGGAAGUGGAGACUUUGAGGUAGAGGCUGCCCAGAGCCAGCCUAUAAUUCAAUGCUUGUGUGGUUUGUGAAUAAGAUGCUGUCAGGUGCAUUGUGCUGGUGCCAUUCACAGCAGACGCCUGAACACUAGAUGACUUGAUAUGCUGCCGUUUUUGACCUGAAACUUGGCCAUCGAAAGUUCAGUGUGAUGAUGGUGUCCUCUCCUGCACCUCCUCAAGAAAUACAAAGCUCUGUGUUGGACCCUCGAGGAGAGGUUGAUGUUGGAGAAGGGGAACUAGAAGACUGUGAAGAGCAAAAGCAGGAGCUGAAUUCACCAAACCAGACCAGCAGGGAGAUGGAGAACAUGGUGUCCACCAAUAGCAGCGAGGAAGGUCCCAGAACUGACAAAUCUGAGAGUGAAGAGAGGACCUUUGUGACCAAUCUGUACUGUUUCAUGAAGGAAAGAGGCACGCCUAUAGAGAGAAUUCCCCAUCUUGGCUUUAAACAGAUCAACCUGUGGAAAAUCUACAAAGCUGUGGAGACACUUGGAGGAUAUGAUGCGGUAACAGUGCGGAGGCUAUGGAAGAAUGUGUAUGAUGAGCUGGGAGGUAGUCCAGGCAGUACCAGUGCAGCAACCUGCACACGCAGACACUACGAAAGAUUGGUGUUGCCCUUUGAGCGGCAACUGAGAGGGGAGGAGGACAAACCACUACCACCCUCCAAACCUCGAAAACAGUACAAGAGGAGCCCUGAGAACAGGGGAAGUAAGCCAGAGAGCAAGAAGAAGAGGAAGAUGGAGAGAGAAGAGUGCGAGGAGAAAAUGGGAUCAGAUCAUCACUGUGAGAGAGGCAUGUGUUCCCAUCACAGCCCAUGGUUGGCAUCCUCCGAUCGCCUGGACUCUGAUCAGUCAUCCGUGGUUUCUGUCCAUGGUCCCCACCCUGGCACCUGCUCCAGAGAGAACCCUCUCCUUAAUACUCCCACCCCGACUGAGGUGAUCUCUCCCUUGGAAAAGAAGAAGCGUCUGGCCCAGGCUAGCCUGACCAUCCCUACCUCUUGCGCCUUGGAGGAUGGUGCAGAACUGGAGAGACCCUCUGUUAUUCAGCUGUCCCACUGUUCCCAGUCUCCUGUGUGUCCUUCUUCCACUCGCACUCGCCACUCUUCCGAUGGCUCACCCCUCCCCGUCUCCUCUCCGUCUGGCUCCUUGUCCCGUAGCCCUUCUCCUUGCUCUGUCUCCUCUGAGGACUGUAUAGCCGUGACGACCCAGAAGUCUUCUUCCAAAGAUACCGAAAGUAAGACACCUUCUCAUAUGUCUGCUCUCCCCACGUCCAAGGCUGCUAGCACAGGAGUUUGCAAGCCUCUCGGAUGUUACCCCAGCAGCAAAGAACUUGUCAACUAUCACCGCAACCAUUACAGGGAUUUCCUGCCAGGUGGCCAACUCCACUCCGAAAAGACCCAGAGGAGUCUUUCACCAUGGACUUUGGAUGGUAAAUCCAGCACCAGACUUACAUCCUACAGGAUGCCUUCACCUGCAUACACCAAACCGUGCUGGGUCCCUCAUGCCUCCAGCUUCUCCAAGGUCUUACCACGAGAUCCCUGCAGACCUGUGUCACUACAGCACACUUUUAAACCGCACAUGUCCUACCCCCAGCAUCUCCUUAAGAGGCCAAUCACCGACGAUGCCUACUUGAAGAAGAUACCAAUGGGCUCUCCACAUCGCAUUAUGGACAGGAAAGAGAAAGCAAAGACAGAGUUGCCCAAGCCUCUGCCUACCCAGCAGUUCUUCUACCACCCUCAUGCCGGUGUAGCAGUGCCCUACCUGCCAAGAGCUCGGGCAGACUUAACCGAACAGUUGAAAGCUCUACCUCUUCAACAUGUCUUUCUUCCAACCCAUCUAACAAUUCCUCCUUCUCAGACCCACUCUAUGCAUUGCCCACCAGUGGGCACCCCCUUUCCUGGGUCUUACGAGGCUGCGUUGUCCUCCUACCCUUACCCAUUACCCAUCUGGCAUCCACCCGCUGGGUACAACAUGGCAGGCCUGCAGCCCUACUGAACGACUUUGAAACAACUGGUCCUUCAGAUCUAUGGGUCAACGUGAAAUCAAAAUAGACGAGUUUACUUUCUCAAUACAGACUCCUUCACUUUACUAGAAAACUCAGAUUCUGAAGUAUCAAGUCGAUUUUCUUGAUCAGCUUUCAGGAUAAAUUUACAUGAAGUACAAUGGGUUGCAAAGUGUUUCUUGUUGGUUUUAAAAACUGAUGCUAACUGAAGGAGUUUCAUACAUGGUCCUGUAGUUCAGCUGGUAGAGCAUGACACUUGCAACUGCAAGGUUUUGGAAUCAAUUCCCAGUGUAUACACAUUACUGAUAAAAUGUAGCAGUGAAUGCACUGUAAAUCAUUUUUAAUAAAAGUGUCUUCCAAAUGGUGGUUAAAAUGUAAAUGCUACAUGUUGAUAUGUUCAUCAAUGUAUGUCUGCACAAGAGAACGGUUUCCUAUUGAUGUGGAAUAGGUACAAAUAAUCGUUUUAAUGCCAUUCUUCAUAUGAAUACCAAUAACUUAAUGGUGCAAUUCAGGGUCCAAUGUGAAUAAUCAAGUUUCUUGUAGAUCUUGAUACAUAAUUUUCAGGGUU